CAUCCGCCGCUUCCUGGCCGGCCCAGGCAGGCGCCUCAGGCCCCGCUCCACACUGAACCGCUAUCCGCUUAUUAUCAUCAUCAUCCACCGGUGAAACGCACAGCUCCUCCGCUCAGCCUGCGAGGAGCUGCAGCCGCUAUGAGUGAAUGAAAACGGCGGAAAUCCACGAAUCCUCUGCAGAAGUCCCGGGACUCGCUGUUAGCGCCGGGGCUGGAGGAAGGUGGGGCCUGAGGCGUACCGGCUGUGGUGAUGGUGUUGGACUCAGGUGAAGUCUUCAUGGAUCAGGUUGAGGGUGAAAGUGUUGGGAGCAGCAGGGACCUGUUGGAGCCAGAAGUCAGAGCAGAUCCGCCCAAAACCCCUGUGAGGCCCAGGACGCCGGCCAAAAAGAGUAAUGUUGCCAAGAAGGAGAAGGUGUCCCACAACGGACUUCCCGUCCAGACGAACAGCAGCCAGGUAGUAGAGAGGAGAUCGUCAUCAUCAAAAAGCGGGGCCACACCCAGACCGCCACUCCGCCGUCCCCUCAGCCUGGAAAUGACGCCCCAGCACCUGCGAGGGACUCGGGAGCAGACGGCGGACAGGCGGAUCGUGCAGCCUCCUUGGCGCAGCGGUUCGGCAGCUCCCUCGCCUCCGACUCGCAGUCUGACCAGCCCCAGUCUGGGUGCAGGCGGCUGGAUGCGACGCAGCGAGAGCACCUGCUCAGUCAAUUACUCCCUGGCGCAUCGGGCCAGCAAGGGGCAAAUGCGACCUGCCACCUCCUUGCCACAUAUAGCGAAGGGGAUUGGGGGGACGACGACGCCUACGCCCUCCAGGCCCUGUCUGCUCGUUGCCCUCAGGCCUCUUAACUUGGAGCAGGAGAAGCAGACUUUCUUCCAAUCUGACUACAAGUACGAGCCUCAGUUUGAGUACGCACAGCCGGAGCCGAGGACUGUGUUGGAGAAGUACAGAGAGGGCUCAGGCCUCUUCCUCGAACAGGCGGUUGGGAUCAUGGAGUGCGUCCUGAGGAAGUUUGGCUCUUACGAGAACUUUGAGGAGGUGACGGGUGGCGGCGUCCUCCCUAAAAGUCAAGUCUGGGCUGCUGUACGCAAAUAUCUGCAGAAAGAAGGCUGUGUGGGAGAGGUUGUGGUGCGCCUGUCUGACGAGCUGCUGUCUCAGGCCGUGAUGGUGGUGGAGAGCUGUCGUCCCACUCUAACCAUCAACCUGGCCGGAGCUCGACAGCACUGGCUGGAGGGGAUGCUGAGACAUGAAAUUGGUAUGCUGCAGCUCACACACUGGAUCAGAAAUGAACAGAGUCACAAAGUGUCAGACAUUAAAUUCAUUCACAGUGACUAUUUUUGCAGAAGGUUCGGUGUUCAGUAGCAUUUUAUAUGAUCUGAAUCCUGCGUUUAGCUUUUUGCAUUAGAUAAAUAAACUUAAAUACUAAAACUGGUGAUGCCGCGGUGGAUAAGACACAUUCCCUUGGUGUGAGAGACCCACUGUGAGACACCAUUUUGUCCCUGAGCAAGACACUUAACCCCUAGUUGCUCCAGAGGCGUGCGACCUCUGACAUGUACAGCAGUUGCAAUUCCUCAUUCCAACGUAAAGUGGUUUACUUAACUAAAUUUAAACUGGAUGCAUCUCACAAACUUAGAGAAGCGCAUUGUAUUCACCAAGGGAAAAAGACUUAAUAGAAUUAAGUCUUUUAGCAACAAAAUGUCCGUUAACAUACCUUUUGUUGGAAGUAUCAAGCUGAUUAUUAUUAGCAGAUUAGGAUGCUACUCUGACAUGUUUAUAUGGAGUACAGUCGACACAUCUGACCUGAAACUUAAAUAAAUGCUGGUUAAUAAUGA